ACAAUAGUAUAUAAAUUUCUUGCAGACGUUAAUAUUCCUUGUCGUUUCCCUUCAAGUGGCAAUGUGAUCUUUGGAAGUAUCGUUAGUUGUGAUCAACACAAAAUUUCUGGUUACAAAAUCUGCCGUCUGAUAUCCUAUUCCUGUGCUGCUGCUGCUUCAGUGAGGUCCAGAUUGAAACUGAGUCUCAGGAUGCUGGGAGAACAUUGAAGGAGAAUUUAAAUAUUAAAUUCACGAAGUUGUGUGUACCUGGAGAUAUUUUUCCUAGACCCGAUCUUAGAGAACUCAGUUCACAGAGGUUUCAUUGCGCACCGCCUUCAUUGUCAAAAUUGGAUGUAUGGAGUACAAAACCGCCGCUCUGGACUACAUAUCUUGAAUCCAAUGAAUUCCUGGAAGUGUAAGGCCUAUGAGCACAUCCCUGGGAGCUAGUGGGGAAGUAAUGACGUCCCGAGUGAGUCCUCGGACUUCAGAAGUAAAUGCCUUAGAACAACGAGGUUAUUUCAUAGGCAAGAAAAUAGGACAAGGCUCCUAUGCCACUGUCCAUCUUGCCGAUUACGUGGAUGGCCAAAGUCCGCGAAAGAUGCGACUUGCUUGCAAGAUAUUCGACAAAGAAAAGGCGCCCAAGGAUUUCCUAGAAAAGUUUUUCCCUCGUGAGUUGGAAAUUUUGACAAAAAUAGAGAACACAAACAUAAUUCAAGUUCACAGCAUAUUGCAACGAGGACCACGCGUCUUCAUCUUCAUGCGCUAUGCGGAUAAUGGCGACCUUCUGGACUUCAUAAAGCGCAACGGAAUAGUACCAGAGCAACAGGCCAAGGUUUGGUUCAAGCAGAUGACACUUGGACUCCAAUACUUACAUGGCAAGAACAUUGCACAUCGGGACCUCAAGUGCGAAAACAUACUCCUCUCUCGCAGGUUUAACGUGAAACUUGCGGACUUCGGCUUCGCGCGGUUCUGCGUGGACCAGAAUGGACGUCGAGUGCUCAGCCACACGUACUGCGGUUCGGCAGCUUACGCGGCCCCGGAGGUUGUCAGCGGGACCCCUUACAACCCCAAGCUCGCCGACGUGUGGUCGCUCGGCAUCAUCCUGUACAUUAUGCUCAACGCCGGCAUGCCGUUCGAUGACUCGAAUCUCCGCAGGCUUCUCAAGGAUCAGAUGGAGCGCAACUGGGUUUUCCGGACGCGCGUGCGGGACACGCUGUCGGCUCAGGCCAAGGCCCUGGUGAGACACAUCCUGGAGCCGGACAUCACGCUGCGGAUCACGGUGGACCGCAUGCUCAUCCACGAGUGGCUGCGGGCGCGGAAGGACCGCUCCCUGGCGACCAGAAGCGGGACCACGCCGCUGCCCUCGGUCAGCUUCCAGUCCAGGGGGUCGGUCGUGUCGCGGGCCACCGCCCCUCCGCCGAGUUCAGUCGCCAGCAAGGCGCGCUGACGCGUCGUGGCUACCUGCGGAAGCUUUCCAAUCUGAUCAGCAGAACGUCACCAACAGCGUCAAGUCAAGGGCGACUGUAGUCUAAAGGCGACAAUCUCAUGGAACCAAACUGCUAUUGUGAGGAUUAAUUUCUGAUUUGCGUCGCCUUCUUUUUUUUACUGUGGAAAGAUGUCUCUCAAAAUGAACCACCCACAAUAUUGACAUCAAUGGAUUAUUCUGUUUACGCUUAUAUCUUCUGACAAGAUUGCAUUUGCAAGUUAAAACUUUUACCCACAUAAUUGUAUUUCCUGCGAGCUUUCUGAACAGGUGAAUGCUCAUCUGGGAAUAUGAAAUGGUGCAGACAGUGGCGGAAAACUGAAAAAUCUAAUAAAAUUCGAAACGUACAAUAAUAUAUCUUUCACACACUCUGUGUCAGCGCUCGUCUUGGAGUGUAUUACCAUUUCAUAACAGAUUUCAUUCGAUCUUAUUUACCUUAUGUACUUUAUUCAAAAAGGAAAACAAUUUAGCGAACAAUAUACGAUUUUAGUUUUUCUGAAAGCAUUCAAAUAAAUAAAAUCUUUAUUUCGGCAUAACUCUCCUUUGUUCUCAACUAACUGCAUUGUUAUUUUUCGUUGUUUUUUUUUUCGAGAUAAAUUUUCUUUGACGAAUAGCUCCGACCACAAAUAUGAAUGAAAAAGAUGUCUCUGCGCUCUGGUAGUAUCUCAUUAAAUAUGAAAUCAG